AUGAUCUCUAGUCAAGACAAUGCUCAUAGGGCUAUCGUCAAAACUAGUGCACUACAUUUGACCAAGGCUCAUAGGCCUCUCGUCCAAACUAGUCCACUACUUUUGACCAAGGCUCAUAGGUCUCUCGUCCAAACUAGUCCACUACAUUUGACCAAGGCUCAUAGGCCUCUCGUCCAAACUAGUCCACUACUUUUGACCAAGGCUCAUAGGUCUCUCGUCCAAACUAGUCCACUACUUUUAACCAAGGCUCAUAGGGCUAUCGUCCAAACUAGUCCACUACUUUUGACCAAGGCUCAUAGGUCUCUCGUCCAAAUUAGUCCACUACUUUUGACCAAGGCUCAUAGGCCUCUCGUCCAAACUAGUCCACUACUUUUGACCAAGGCUCAUAGGCCUCUCGUCCAAACUAGUCCACUACAUUUGACCAAGGCUCAUAGGCCUCUCGUCCAAACUAGUCCACUACAUUUGACCAAGGCUCAUAGGCCUCUCGUCCAAACUAGUCCACUACAUUUGACCAAGGCUCAUAGGGCUAUCGUCAAAACUAGUGCACUACAUUUGACCAAGGCUCAUAGGCCUCUCGUCAAAACUAGUCCACUACAUUUGACCAAGGCUCAUAGGGCUAUCGUCAAAACUAGUGCACUACAUUUGACCAAGGCUCAUAGGGCUAUCGUCAAAACUAGUGCACUACAUUUGACCAAGGCUCAUAGGCCUCUCGUCAAAACUAGUCCACUACAUUUGACCAAGGCUCAUAGGGCUAUCGUCAAAACUAGUCCACUACAUUUGACCAAGGCUCAUAGGCCUCUCGUCCAAACUAGUCCACUACUUUUGACCAAGGCUCAUAGGGCUAUUGUCAAAACUAGUGCACUACAUUUGACCAAGGCUCAUAGGGCUAUUGUCAAAUCUAGUCCACUACAUGGAGUAGGGUGACAUUUAGGACACAUCCUGAAUAUGUCUAACUGACUGAGCAGAUGAAUCCGACCAGGAGCGUAUUUACCACAGACCGAUUGUGUUUUUUUUUCAGUUGUUGACACAGAAAACCGUUGUUUGCACUGAAAUGACAGUAAAUAUGAAAUAAAUCAAUGAAUCAUG